CCGCAAUUACGUGGCAGAGGAGACGACAUGAGACAGCGGCGUGCUUCCCUCUGGGGUCACCACUUUCCCAUAUCAGCACAAGCGCCGGGUCACUCUCCCAGCUCCCCCCGGCCCCCCUCACCACCCCGGGGCAUUUUCUCUCGCGGUCCAUUUCUCCACCUGCUCCCCGGAGGCACACUCAUUGUCCCCACGGCUAUAAACACUUCAUUGAGCAUGUGGCAGCCCCGCGCUCCCUCAAGCCCUUCCCAGCGCUCCCAUUGGCUCCGGGGACUGUGAGAAACUCCGACAGGACUCAGACUCACACAUUCAUAUGGAGAUGUGUGUGUAUAAAUACGCGGCCGCGCGGACUCGACGCGGCUCUUCACGCCGAGCUGAACGCAACGCGCUGCUCUUGCUCCGCAGCCAUGGCGCCCACUGCUUACGGCCAGGCGGGCAAGGAGCACCUGACCCCCGCUCACAAGCUGAGAAAACCGAUGGUGGAGAAAUUACGCAGAGACCGCAUCAACACCAGCAUCGAGCAGCUGAAAUCCCUGCUGGGUCCAGAGUUUCUCCGGCAGCAGCCGGACUCGAAGCAGGAGAAGGCCGACAUCUUGGAGAUGGCCGUGUCGUACCUGAGGAGCUGGCAGCAGCAGCAGCACCUGACCUCUGGCCCCGUGACGGCCAGGGACGGCUACUCCCGCUGCGUCCAGGAGGCCGUCGGCUUCCUGUCCCGCUGCGAGGUCCAGACUCCGGCUCACCGGCUGCUCCUCAGCCACUUCCAGGCCCUGCAGGCGUCCGACAGGAACGGCCUCAGCAGCCCCUCUCCGCCCGGCUCUCCCCUCCAUCUGGUCAGCUCCAGUAAGGACCUGGGCCCGACCGGCGGCUCUCUGUGGAGACCCUGGUGAACAGACAGAGAGAGAUCACUACGUCUGUGAACGUCAUGGACAGAAAAGUAAAAGACUCUCGUGGAGUCGUGACUUCCUUCGACCUUGGACACAAGUUUAACUUCGUGUAGAGAAGCUGUGCAGGGUUUCCCAUGGAAAGACAAAACAGAAUAUCAGUCCACGCUGGAUACUCGGUGUGGACUGAAUAUCCACACCAUGUGUGUUCGUUCCUUCAAAAAGACUCACUCUGUGAUUAGUCGCCUCUCUGUUCCUGAGUGGAACGUUAAUGGAAAGCCAUUGCUGUGCCCUUUGAACCAUGUUGGUUUUAUUUUCUUUAAAUGUCUGAGACAUUUUCCAGAACAAUCUGUGCAUUGAUACUGAGUACCAGCCAUUUAUAUGUUUCAUCAUAUUGAUGAAGCUUUAUUGAGCCAGUGGAUCCAUGUUUACUGUAAUCCUGUUGGGAUUGUAACAUGUGUAUUUUUAACCAUUGUUUGGCUUUUAUUUGAAUGAGUGUAACUGGAAGCUCUGUUUCCUGUCUGUUUAUGACGUCCAUAAUAGAUGUUUCACAUCUCCUACUUAAUGCCUUUUAUAAAGGUGUUUUAUUCUCGCUUCAGACUUACUGAAACAAAUUGUUGUGUUGCUUCUGUGAGAAGUUUGCAUUUGAAAAUGUGAAAUAAAACAACUUCUGAUGAAGUUUUAAA